UCUUGGCUCGAUUCAGCCUGCUGCCCGCUCACCCACGCAUGGCAGCCUGAUUUGGCUCCAACAGUUACUACUGCAUCAUCAUUAGCCACCGCUGACGCGGAGGCGAACCUAUCAGCGUACACUGCACCUGAGCAAUGAACUCGAGUUCGUACACAAGCAACAUGCCCGUGGUUGAGGGAGACUUCUUUAUUCAGGCAUGGGCCUUUGUGAUCUCUGCGCGAGUGGAGCUGGGGCUGUUCCUGGCUGCCCUCUUGGCGCACUUCCUCCUCUUUGGCAACUCCACUCCCUCCAAGUCGAAACGAAGCAAGGAAACGACCUUCACUCCGCAGCACUUCACCUCCGCCAAGGACGUAGAGCUGGCCUUCUCCGACGCCUCACGCUCCAACAACGCCCGCCAGGUUCUGAAUUGCUGGUCCGCUGCGAAGAAGUUCCCCGAGUCCAUCGAUGUCCCUCUGGCGCACGUCGUCGAGGCGAUGCAACGUUUUAAGAAGGAUGGAGACUACAUCGUGAGAGAGAUCUCCGCCUACCUCGCCAAGCAUCGCUCCUGCAAGAUGCAAGUCAUCAAUGAUCUCCUGGACUCCUUGGCGAAACGUCAUGAUUCAGACUUCGUGGCGGCAUUCCUCAAGAGCUUGCCAGCAGGCUUUGCGCUGGACAGCCGCAGCUAUGAGAUCCUGAUGAACAUGCACUUCACGAUGAGGAAUUUUGAGAAGGUCGAUGAGCUGGUGGCGGAAGCCAAGGCCAAGAAGGUGGCUCUGAGCACACGUGCAUCGAUCGUGAUCAUUAAGACCGCCUUGAAGACGGAGAACUUUGAAGAGGCCUUGAAGACCUUUCGCGAGCUGAAAGCCUUGUGGACCGGCCAUGUGGGGCCCUCCACAGCUCCCAGGCAGAUUGUCGCCCAGCUGGUCGACAUGGCCUGCAAGGAGCACGAGCUGAAGCGCUUUCUGCCCGAGCUGGCGUCCGUGCCCCUCUCCGAAGAGGGCGUGCAUCUCAUGGUCAGCGAAGCUGUUCGAGAGAAGGAUGAAGAGCUCUUGGGUCAGGUGGAGCAACUGGCACGAGAAAAAGAGAUUGCCUUUACUGAGUCAACCUAUGGCAUGCUCAUCAAGGGCUACAAAGGAAGCGACGAGAAAGUGGAGCAGCUCUUUUUGGAGGCCUUGGAGAAGAAGCCCGACGCAGGACCUGAACUUUGCUUGGCCUUGCUCCUGUGCUGCCAGCAGACCAGGAACUUCGCCUUGGCGGAGAGGGCCUAUGAGCACUUCUCCAAGCAGAUGUCGUUGCCGAUCCUGGCGGCCUUCAUUCGCUUCCACUCGGAGGUGGAAAACUACGAGAGGGUCUGCGACAUGUAUGAAAGGGAUGCAUCGCCAUUGCGCGAGAAAGCCGCAGGGGAAGGCCGCAGCAUUUUGGAUUCUCGAAUGGAGCGAUGUGUGAUGAAUGCGGCCCUGAAGUGUGGCCGCAGCAAAUUGGCACUCCUGACAUUCUUUCCGAUGUUACAGUGGGACGCCUGCUGUUUUUUCUCUUCCUCCUGGCCGAUGACGAUCAGUUGUUUCUUUUCCUUUUAAAGUCAUUGUUUUGGU